AUUUAAGUUUAUUAAAUCAAUCAGUUUCUUGGCUUUGACAGUCUUUGCACAAUGUUUUAAUUUGAGGAAGCACUCUUUCCAAAGAUGAAUGGGGAUCAUCUCCAUGCUGCAGGUCACACCUGUGUUCUAAAAGAUGCUUUCAUGUAUGGGAGUCCAGCUGAAAUAGCAAAUCUGACCUCCACAGAUGAGUUUGAUGCAGCCCUGGCCAUUCACCUCUAUAAAGCAGGCAGACUGCUGCAAGGGAGCAGAAUUCCUUUUGGAAUCAUCUUUGGUGGGACAGAUGUCAAUGAAGAUAUCAAAUGCAGAGAGAAGUGCCAGGUAAUGGGAGCAGUGCUGCAGGAAGCCAGGUUUGCAGUGGCUUUCUCGGUGGAAAUGAAGGAGCUGGCAGCAGCAGAGUGGCCAGAUGCUAGGAAGAAAAUAUAUGUCCAGAGUCAAGGAAUUAAGACUACACCCAGCGAAACAUUUGACUGGUACAGAUUUCUACAAAAUGCAGAUAUUCCCACAGACACAGACACUUUACAUCUGUUUCUUCUGGUGUGUGGGCUCCGAAGAGUCAAGGACCCUCUGUAUUUAGCAGAAGUUUUCUCAGAUUGGCACAGAAAGGAUCCCAGUGUCCAUCUGGGCAUUAUUGGACCUGCAGUUGAUCCCCUUUUUAGCAGUGAAGUUAAGGAGCAGGUUAAAAGGCUCCCUGGGGUGCACGUGCUGCAGGAGCUGCCCCAGCAGGAGCUGCACGCCGCUGUCAGGAGAAGCUUUGCCGUGGUGAACAGCUCCAUCUCAGAGGGGAUGUCUGCUGCCAUCCUGGAGGCAAUGGAUUUAGAUAUUCCAGUGCUGGCAAGGAACAUUCCUGGGAAUGCAGCAAUAAUAAAACACAAGGAAACAGGACUGCUAUUUUCAACUCCCCAGGAGUUUGUCAUGCUGUCCAAGAGUUUAAUGAACGACCCCAUUAUGGAAAAGGAAAUUACAACACGGGCCAAAGACUACGUGAAGAAACAUCAUUCCUGGGAAGGUGAAAGGGAAACCUACCAGACUCUGGUGCUGAGACUCCAGUGACUUUGCAAGACUCCAGCUGGCAGCCACUGCAGCUCUCUAAUGAUGGAAAUGUCACUGGGUUUGGCUUUCUCUUGCCACCUGUUCAGAGGGCUGGGCAGAGGGGCAGUGUUACUGUGCUGGCACAUACCCAGAGCACCCAGAGCACCCAGAGCCUGCCAGCUGUGCAGCUCAGCCAUGUGCAGCUCUGUCCCAGAUGUGCAGCUCUGUGCCAACUGUGCAGCUCAGCCCUGUGCCAGCUGUGCAGCUCUGUCCCAGAUGUGCAGCUCUGU